CCUUACAAACCCCAAGAGCAAUCAUGGACCAAGUCAAGUUCAACAGGGGUGUGAUGCAUAUCAAGGACCAUGGCUCCAGACACUUGUCCCAGGAAACUGUCAAAACGCUGAUCCACCAGUCUCAAGAGGCAAAGCAGCAAGCCUACUGUCCCUACAGCAAAUUCAGAGUGGGAGCUGCUCUCCUGACCCUUGACAACCGUGUGUUCACAGGUUGCAAUGUGGAGAAUGCAUGUUACAACCUUGGUUUGUGUGCUGAGAGGAAUGCUAUCUCAAAGGCAGUGUCAGAAGGCUACAGAAGUUUCAAGGCAAUUGCAAUUGCCAGUGACCUGAAUGACCAGUUCAUCUCCCCGUGUGGCGGCUGCAGACAGUUCAUUAGAGAGUUUGGGUCAAACUGGGAAGUGUACCUGUCAAAGCCUGACGGCUCGUACCUGAAGAUGACUGUGGAUGAACUGCUGCCCGUCUCCUUUGGCCCUGAAGACCUGUCCAUGAAGAAAGUCUUUGACAUUCCUAAUGAGUACUGAACCUGUUUUGUAGAACAAAACACACACACAACACACGCACACAAAAAUGUGUGACAUGUACUGUUUAUAACGCACAUGCUGCUGAAAAGGUAUUAAUGUUUAGCAGUAGAUUUAUUUAUGGUUAAUAUUUGUUAUUGUGUUAUCUGCCGAUUGUAAACAAUGCCACAUAUUUAAAUUUACUCUAUGUAUACUGUAAUAUUAAAAAAGACAUUGAGCUAAUUGCAGAACUAUUAAGUGAUUGUGUUGUGUCUUGUGCUGUAUUUCUUUACAUAUAAAUAUUCUGUGAUUAAAGAAUUGUUACAUUAAAUGAUGUUGUA